AUGGCGGAAAAAGUGAAGAAGAAGCCAUCUUUUUUCACCUUGAAAAGGUGGAACAGCCAAAAGAUUAGCAAUGGAGAGCCAUCGCCACCUGCGAUCACACAAUCUGCACCAAUUUACAAAAGCGUAAAUAAUCAAACUGCACAAACACCAAGCCCAUCUUCUGAACCAAAACCUAGGAAACUGUCAGCUGGAGGUAUACAGGACCUGGUACAAUGUCCGCUGUGUUUGGAGGUCCUCCAUAACGCGAAGAUGUUACCCUGCCAACACACAUUCUGUUUGGCCUGCCUCACUGUGUACAUUGCUGAUUUGCCAGUCAUCAACUGUCCGAUAUGCAACGCGAAGAUCCACGUGACCGGACCAAAUUACGUGAACAAUUUGCCGCCAAACCUCUACAUCGAUUCGUUGCUCCACCUAGUCGGUAUCAACAAAGGGCUUUCGAGUAACGAGAAAUCUGGUAGUCCAGCCGCUGUUACUCCACCUAUUCAACUUCCUGUAACUUCUGAGUCGGGUGUCGAAUUGUUUGCUGGAGGAACACGUUGCUCCCAUUGUAAGAGCAUGUGUGAUAGCCAUGAUGUGACCAGCUGCCAACACUGCAAAAUGAACUUCUGUCGGGUUUGCUGGUCCCAACAUUUAGAUGACAUGAGAACUCAAAUUGCCUCAAUUUUAAAACAGCUGGAUUCUGCCGCUGAUAGACUAGAACAUAAGAUUGAACAUUUCAAGGAUCGUUGCGAACGCAUCAUGGAACAAAUAAACAUUACUACCGAAGAAAAGAUCAACGCAAUUUUGGAAAAAAAGGAGCAAAUCACGAAUCAAAUUGCAGACUUGCAAAAAUCAGGGGACAUGUCUGCGCUAGCCUUAAAAUCGUCACUGGAAGAAGCCAGACACGUGGCUAUAAACAAAAUGACUGAGGAUUUCUCUGCUGAUGAUUCUGAGAAGGUGACGACAUUCAUUAAUUUGCAUCAAAACGCACUGCAUAUACUAUCAGACGUAUCUAAAUGGGAUAUCGAACAUUUCGUGUUCGACAAGGAGGGUUUUCGCAUAGAAAUCGACUCGGCAACUCCGUUGGACGCUGAGUCCGAGGACCCAGUGCCAGAGGGAGCGAAACAAAACAACCCGCUCGAGAGCGAAGAAAGCUUGACCAUUUAUUACAGAUCCCGGAACUUUGUCCCACACCACGUUUGGCGAAAAGCCUCCCGUCCCGGAGGUAUAGGGAUCAGUCCUUGGACCGGUCAUUUGUACGUGUGCGGAAUGGAUAUCCACAGCGUACUAGUAGUUGAACGCUCGCAAGCUAAGAUCAUUAGCAGGCUUACUCACGAAGACAUGCUGUGUCCUGUACAGAUUGCCUUCAUGAAGAGUCUAGGGGAGAUCUAUAUCACCGACAAAUGGAAGCACUGCGUCCACGUGUUCUCCAUGGAGGGCGAGUAUUUGCGGGCGAUCGGCCAGAAGGGUAGCCGGUACGGCAUGUUCCGCUCGCCUGAGGGCAUUGCAACGGAUAACGCGCAACACCAAAUUUACGUCGUCGACACUGGGAACGAUCGGGUGCAGAUUUUACAACCAGACGGCAAAUUCGUGGACCAGUUAGGCGUGAUAACAAAACAGCAGCCCACAAACACGCCCACACUUUGGAAGAACACAGAAGUGAGUUGUACCGAACUAAACGCACCGACAGACGUAGCGAUCACCGGUGACAAGGUCAUUAUUCUUGAUAGCGGAAAUAAGAGGGUGAAAAUCUACAACAAACAGAACAAGGGCAAAAUAUUAGAGUUCGGCGCCAUGGGCCAGGUGAAAGGUCAGUUCAGACAGCCCGAAGUCUUAACAGUGGAUCCUUUAGGUUUCAUAUUAGUCGGCGAUUCUGGCAACUGCAGGGUGCAAGUUUUCAAACAGAACGGCCAAUUAGUGCGAGUGUUCGGUGGUCUGGGCACGGAUCCAGGGAAAUUUGGAUGGAUAUCUGGCAUCCACGUGACGAAACAAUUAGACAUCAUCAUAAGCGAUACGAAAAAUCAUUGCGUGAGUUUCUUUUGA